UCCCGUCUCUCUCACUUAGGCCUCUUCAGCAAUUAGCAGCAAUCAAAUCUGUAACCUUUCAGAACUCAAAACCCCCUUUCAAAUUUCAUCAUGUCCGGCUAUCCCAACCAGCCUCCCAGCUACAGCUACGGCGCGCCGCCGCCGCCCCAACCCUACGGUGCCCAUCCGCCAUCGCAAUCAUACGGGGCUCCUCCGCCAUCGCAAUCAUACGGGGCUCCUCCGCCACCGCAACCCUACGGCGCGCCGCCGCCCGCUCAGCCCUACUCCGCCUCCCCCUACGCCCAACCGUCCGCCCCCUACGCCGCCCCCUACAACAAACCCCCGAAGAACGAGUCCCACUCCCACGGCGGCGGAAGCAGCGGCGGCUACCCGGCUCCGGCGUACGCGAGCCCGUUCGCGUCGCUGGUGCCAUCGGCGUUCCCUCCAGGGACAGACCCUAACGUGGUGGCGUGCUUCCAGAUGGCGGACCAGGACGGAAGCGGAUUUAUCGACGACAAGGAAAUGCAGGGAGCGCUUUCUUCCUAUAACCAAAGCUUCAGCCUCAGAACCGUUCAUCUUCUCAUGUAUCACUUCACCAAUUCCAACGUCAAGAAAAUAGGACCAAAGGAAUUCACUUCUCUAUUUUACAGUCUUCAGAACUGGAGGUCCAUUUUUGAGAGAUUUGAUAAAGACAGAAGCGGCAAAAUCGAUUCUACUGAGUUGAGAGAUGCUCUACUGAGUCUGGGCUAUGCUGUUUCUCCUGUGGUAUUGGAUUUGCUCGUCUCAAAGUUUGACAAAACUGGUGGAAAAAGCAAGGCUAUAGAAUAUGACAAUUUCAUCGAGUGUUGUCUUACUGUUAAGGGACUGACUGACAAAUUCAAAGAAAAGGAUACUGCGUAUUCUGGCUCUGCAACCUUCACCUAUGAAUCGUUUAUGCUGACAGUCCUGCCAUUCCUAAUAGCUUAGGAAAUUAAUGGUGUGUGUGUGGUUGGUAGGGUUUGUAAAUGGCCAGGCUGUAUUUGGUUUGAAAAUGUGUGGUCGAAUUACUUUACUAUUGCCAGCCUUUAAUAUGCUAGUACUCCCUGUUGUUUUACUCUAUAAGUAACCAGAUCCAAAAUACUAUGGUUUUCAGCUUGUUGAUAAUUAUCUUUGGGUUAUGCAUGUGAAUGAAGCGUUGAAAAUGAGAUUUCCUGGUAAUGGUAAUCCAUGACUG